AAAGCUACAGAAUUUGUCACAUUAGAGUGGAAUUAAAGACAAAAUCUGUUUCGUAAGUGGAGCAGAAUGCGGUGCCAUUAUUUAGCGUUAUCAAUUUCAGUUUUCAUCAUAAGUAUUGGCUAUGCAGUCCCUUUAAGAUCGACAGUUAGCCCUUUCAAAUUUUUGCCUGAAUUGAAUGAACCGGAUUGGGACUUGUUAAUUUUCACUCAGCAAUGGCCUGUAACAGUAUGCAGAGAGUGGAAGGACCAUGACUCUAACCACAAGUGCUCAAUGCCAGACAAUCCCAAUGCUUGGACCAUACACGGGAUUUGGCCCACCAAGCUGCAUACUAUGGGCCCUUCUUUUUGUAAUAAAACUUGGCAUUUUGAUCCUAAUCUCAUUCAACCUAUAGAGAAGGAAUUAAAUUCGAAUUGGAAGAAUAUUGAAAGUGAAACAUCAACUUAUGCCCUCUGGGCCCAUGAGUGGUUGAAACAUGGAACGUGCGCAGCAGUACUAGAUGCUUUCAACUCUGAAUUAAAAUAUUUCAGUAAAGGUCUAGAAUGGUUUAAGAGAUACAACAUACAAACUACAUUGGAAAGUCGCCAGGUAUACCCAUCUAAUGACAAAAAAUACUUAGUCAAAGACCUAUUCAACAUAAUCAGCAUGCAUUAUAAAGUCACUCCAAUGAUAGAAUGCCGGAGGGAACAUGGUAAAAAUUGGCUUUCUGAAAUUCGGUUUUGCUUAGAUAAGAAUCUUGAGUUGAAAGACUGUGAUGGAGUAAUGAACAUGCGAACACAAACUAUUGCGUAUAUGAAUGGGUUUCAUACCAAAGUGCUUACAAAUUGCAUUAUUGAUGAACCAAUACUUUAUCCAAAGUCUGAAGAUGCUUUUCAACACAAUAACAACGAUUUGUAUGUGCAAUUUUACUUGCUAAUCAGUUGGUUACAAUGGUUCACAUUUUAGACUACUUAAGAUAAGUAUAGGGUUUUUCAACAAGAACUUUGUAAAUCAUAAUCUCAGUACAGAGUACUAAAAAACCGAC